UCUAGUGGGAGCGACAUUUGUACGUUGUGUGAAACCAUGCUUUGAUUUAUUUUCGUUGUGAAUUUCCCGUAAAGAACCAUCAACUAAGCAACCAUGGCUGGUGCAGCGGCUAGAGCACUUCAGUAUGAGUACAAAGCGAACUCUAAUCUUGUGUUGCAAGCUGAUCGCUCUCUGAUAGAAAAGCGUGGUAGAGAUGAACCCACUGGAGAAGUUACUUCCCUUGUUGGGAAGACAGUCGGAACUAGAAUGGGGGACAAAGCCAUGAGAUCAAAACCCCCACAGAUGGAGGAACGCAAAAACAAGAGAACAAAGCGUGAUGAAGCACAGCGAGAUAUGAUGAAAAUGAAAGGGACGACUUUACUGUCGGAGGGGAUUGAUGAUUUUGUGGGAAUCUUAUACAGACCAAAAACCCAGGAAACAAGACAAACAUAUGAGGUUAUCCUGAGUUUUAUUCAGGCUGCUCUAGGUGAUCAGCCACGUGAUGUUUUGUGCGGUGCUGCAGAUGAGGUCCUUCAGGUUUUAAAGAAUGACAGAUUGAAGGACAAAGAGAGAAAGAGAGAAGUUGAAGAAUUGCUUGGAAGUGUGGCUGAAGAAAGGUUUGCUGUCCUCGUCAACCUUGGCAAGAAAAUCACAGACUGGGGACAGGAAGAGAAGAUGCAGACAGAUGACAAUAUUGAUGAGACAUACGGUGUUAAUGUACAGUUUGAAGAGUCAGAGGAUGAGGAUGAAGGCGAUGUUUACGGGGAAAUUAAAGAAGAUGGAGAAGAAGAAGAGGAUGAAGAAGAAGGAGUUGAGGCUGAUGUUAACGACACUCUCCACACAAAUUUGGCAGGAGAGGAUGGGGGUAACAAAUCAGAUUCAGGACUCCACCCCCGUAAUAUUGAUGCCUUCUGGCUUCAGAGAAAACUUAGUAAGCAUUAUCCAGACGACCCAACAAUGGCACAGACAAAGGCUGGAGAGGUGCUCCAGAUCUUAAAGACUGCGGGAGAUGAUCGGGAGGCAGAAAACCAGCUCGUCAUGUUGUUAGGUUUUGACAUGUUUGAUUUCAUCAAAGUUCUCCGACAACACAGACAAAUGAUCCUGUACUGUACUUUGCUGGCCCAGGCUCAAACUGAUGAAGAGAAGAGAAGCAUCGAGGAGAAGAUGUCAUCAGACACCGAGUUGUCAGGGUACCUCAGGGCACUGGGUGCCACAGACAAGGAGGAUCUAGUAUCGGAGGAGAGGGCAAGGCGACAGCAGGCCAGACAGACGAGGGUCGCAGCAGACAUCGAGGCCAUGGAUGUUGACCAGAGUCAGCAAAAGCUUGGAACAGUACAUCUCCUUGACCUUGAAGACUUGACCUUCAGUCAGGGCAGUCGUCUGAUGGCCAACAAAAGGUGUCAACUCCCUGAUGGGUCAUACAGAAAGCAGAGAAAAGGAUAUGAAGAAGUACAUGUUCCAGAACUGAAACCAAAGACUUUUGAAACCGAUGAGACUUUGCUGCCAAUAGAUAGAUUACCAAAGUAUGCACAGCCAGCCUUUGAGGGAUUUAAAUGUCUGAAUCGUAUCCAGAGUAGACUGUGGAAGUCCUGUAUGGAGUCGGAUCAGAACCUCCUCCUGUGUGCCCCCACGGGAGCAGGAAAGACUAACGUAGCCCUGCUGUGUAUGCUUAGAGAGAUUGGGAAACACAUUAAUGCUGACGGAACAAUUAACACUGAGGAAUUCAAAAUCAUUUACAUAGCUCCAAUGAGGUCCUUAGUACAGGAAAUGGUUGGCAGCUUUGGAGAGAGACUGAAAUCUUAUGGUAUCAAGGUUGAGGAACUGACGGGUGACCACCAACUGACCAAAGAACAGAUCACCAACACCCAGAUCAUUGUGUGUACCCCCGAAAAGUGGGACAUCAUCACCAGAAAAGGGGGCGAGCGUACCUACACUCAGCUCGUCAGGCUCAUGAUUUUUGAUGAGAUUCAUCUUCUCCAUGAUGACAGAGGGCCAGUCCUAGAGGCAUUAGUAGCCAGAACAAUCAGAAACAUUGAGACCACUCAGGAGGAUGUCCGAUUGGUGGGGCUUAGUGCCACACUCCCUAACUACGAGGAUGUGGCCACUUUCCUGAGAGUGGACCCAGCAGAGGGGCUGUACUUUUUUGACAACAGUUUCCGACCCGUCCCCCUGGAGCAACAGUUUAUUGGAAUCACAGAGAAAAAAGCUGUCAAGAGAUUCCAGAUCAUGAAUGAGAUUGUGUACGAAAAAGUUCUGGAGCAUGCUGGGAAAAAUCAGGUGCUGGUCUUUGUCCACUCAAGGAAGGAAACAGGGAAGACUGCUCGAGCGAUCCGAGACAUGUGUCUAGAGAAAGACUCUCUGGGUAUGUUCCUCAAGGAGGGGUCGAUCUCCACCGAGGUCCUCAGGACAGAGGCAGAACAGGUCAAGAAUUUAGAGCUCAAGGAUUUACUGCCUUAUGGCUUUGGAAUUCAUCAUGCAGGAAUGGCCAAGGUUGACCGUAUCCUGGUAGAAGAUUUGUUUGCUGACCGUCACAUUCAGGUUUUAGUGUCCACAUCCACCCUGGCCUGGGGGGUCAAUCUGCCCGCCCACACGGUCAUCAUCAAAGGGACACAGAUCUACAACCCAGAGAAAGGACGCUGGGUGGAGCUUAGUGCAUUGGAUGUGAUGCAGAUGUUUGGAAGAGCUGGCCGCCCUCAAUACGACACCAAGGGGGAGGGCAUCAUGAUUACCAACCACAGUGAACUACAGUAUUAUCUGUCUCUGAUGAAUCAACAGUUGCCCAUUGAGAGUCAGUUUAUAAGUCGAGCGGCAGAUUGUUUGAACGCUGAGUGUGUUCUGGGAACUGUACAGUCUGUCAAGGAAGCAGUAGACUGGCUUGGAUACACAUACCUGUAUAUAAGAAUGCUGAGAGCCCCAGCAUUGUACGGAGUCAGCCAUGAUAUGCUUAAAGACGACCCACUGUUACAACAGAGGAGAAAAGAUCUGAUCCACACUGCGGCCAUGACUCUGGACAAAAAUAACCUGAUCAAGUAUGACAAAAAGACGGGACAGAUACAAAGUACCGAGUUAGGGAGAAUCGCCAGCCACUACUACUGUACAAACGAGACCAUUGCCACAUACAACCAGCUCCUGAAACCCACACUUAGUGAGAUCGAGUUGUUCCGGGUUUUCUCCCUGUCAUCCGAGUUCAAGCAUAUUGCUGUCAGAGAGGAGGAGAAGUUAGAAUUACUGAAGCUGUUGGAGAGAGUUCCCAUCCCAAUCAAAGAAAGCAUUGAAGAACCCAGUGCUAAGGUCAAUGUCCUGCUCCAGGCCUACAUCUCUCAGCUGAAGUUGGAGGGAUUCGCCCUGAUGUCUGACAUGGUGUUUGUGACUCAGUCUGCAGGUAGACUGAUGAGGGCCAUAUUUGAAAUAGUUCUACACAGAGGCUGGGCCCAGCUGGCUGAUAAGGCCCUAGCCCUCUGUAAAAUGGUUAAUAAACGCAUGUGGCAAAGUAUGUGUCCCCUGAGACAGUUUCACGACAAGAAGAUGCCCAUUGAAGUUAUCAAGAAAAUUGAAAAGAAAAACUUUCCAUUUGAACGUCUUUAUGAUCUUGAUCCUUUGGAAAUUGGGGAGUUUAUCCGAGUACCCAAGAGUGGCAAGACCAUCCAUAAAUAUGUACAUCUGUUUCCAAAGCUUGAGCUGUCUGUUCAUGUCCAACCUAUCACAAGAGCCACCCUGAGAGUAGAACUGACCAUCACCCCAGACUUCCAAUGGGACGAAAAAAUUCAUGGUUCAUCAGAGGCUUUCUGGAUACUGGUGGAGGAUGUAGACAGUGAAGUUAUACUACACCAUGAGUACUUCUUACUUAAAAGUAAAUUUGCCCAGGAUGAGCACGUUGUUAAGUUCUUUGUGCCAGUCUUUGAGCCUCUUCCUCCACAGUACUUCAUCCGAGUCGUAUCUGACAGAUGGAUAGGAGCAGAGACGCAGCUUCCGGUGUCGUUCCGUCAUCUGAUCCUCCCGGAGAAGUACCCUCCACCCACAGAGUUACUGGACCUCCAGCCCCUCCCCGUGUCUGCUCUCAGAAGCCCAGCCUUUGAGAGUCUUUACAGUGACAGAUUCCCAUUCUUUAAUCCAAUCCAGACUCAAGUGUUUAAUGCUGUCUAUCACACUGAUGAGAAUGUAUUUAUUGGGGCUCCCACGGGGAGUGGGAAGACAAUCUGUGGAGAGUUUGCCAUACUGAGGAUGUUCUCCCAGAACCCUGAUGGUCGCUGUGUUUACGUCACCCCACUGGAGCCUCUCGCCCAACAGGUUUAUACUGAGUGGUCUGCCAAGUUUGGAGGACAGCUUGGAAAGAAGGUGGUCCUUCUUACGGGGGAAACUGGUACAGAUCUCAAAUUGUUAGCUAAGGGAAACAUUAUCAUCAGUACUCCAGAGAUCUGGGAUGUGUUGUCAAGACGAUGGAAGGUCAGAAAGAACGUACAAAGUGUCAACCUCUUUGUGGUGGAUGAACUUCAUCUGAUUGGUCAGGAAGUUGGGCCCGUGUUGGAGGUGAUCUGCUCCAGGAUGCGGUACAUGUCUGCUCAUUUAGAACACACCAUUCGUGUGGUGGCUCUUAGCUCCUCCAUAUCUAAUGCCAAGGAUGUCUCCCAGUGGCUGGGCUGUACCCCCACAGGAUUCUUCAACUUCCAUCCCAAUGUUAGGCCCGUUCCACUGGAGCUACACAUACAGGGUUUGAACAUCAGCCACAAUCUCUCCAGAAUCAUUGCUAUGGCGAAGCCCACAUAUCAAGCCAUCCUUCGUCAUUCUCCACGGAAGCCAGUCAUUGUGUUUGUGCCAUCCAGAAAACAGACACGCUUGACUGCUAUUGACAUUUUGACCUUUAGUGCUGCAGAAAUUCAGGUUGAUUCUGAGACACCGAGGAGUCGUUUCCUUCACGUGAAGGAGGAGGACAUUCAGCCAUUCCUGGAGAAAAUAUCAGACAAGACUCUGAAGGAGACUCUGAGUAACGGUGUGGGGUAUCUACACGAGGGUCUGUCUGACAUUGAGAGGAAGGCGGUGGAGAACCUCUUUUCCAGCGGUGCUGUACAAGUGCUGGUGGCCUCCCGGAGUCUGGCCUGGGGCAUGAGUGUCUCUGCCUACCUGGUCAUUGUCAUGGAUACACAAUACUAUGAUGGAAAAACUCACUCGUAUGAAGACUACCCUGUUCCUGACGUUUUACAGAUGAUUGGACGAGCCAACCGACCCCUUCUUGACCAGGAAGGUAAAGCUUUGAUCAUGUGCCAGAGUUCCAAGAAAGAGUUCUUCAAGAAAUUCCUCUAUGAACCGUUACCUGUUGAGAGCCAUUUAGACCACUGUUUACAUGACCACUUCAAUGCUGAAGUGGUAACCAAGACAAUAGAAAACAAACAAGACGCAGUGGACUACUUGACAUGGACCUUUCUGUACAGAAGAAUGACCCAGAACCCGAACUAUUACAACUUACAAGGUGUCACACACAGACAUUUGUCUGAUCACCUGUCUGAGCUGGUGGAGAAUACAGUAUCUGACCUGGAACAGUCCAAGUGUAUCAGCAUUGAAGAUGAGAUGGACAUGACUCCAUUGAACUUGGGCAUGAUUGCAGCAUACUAUUACAUCAACUACACCACUAUAGAAACCUUCAGUUUGUCACUGAACAACAAGACUAAGAUUAAGGGGCUCCUGGAGAUCGUAUCUAACGCUGCCGAGUACGAGGAUGUUCCCAUCAGACAUCAUGAGGAAGCCAUCUUGAAAUCUCUGGCCAGCCGUCUGCCGAACAAACUGUCCAAUCAGAAAUAUAACGAUCCUCAUGUAAAGACAAACCUCCUACUCCAGGCUCACCUUUCACGGAUGCAGCUGUCGGCGGAACUCCAGUCUGAUACUGAGGACAUACUCAGCAAGGCUAUCCGCCUGAUUCAGGCCUGUGUGGACGUACUGAGUAGUAACGGCUGGCUAAGCCCUGCCCUAGCGGCUAUGGAGCUGGCUCAGAUGGUGACCCAGGCCAUGUGGGGCAAGGACUCGUACCUGAAACAGCUCCCUCACUUUACACAGGAGCUUAUCAAGAAGUGUCAGGAAAAGAAAAUCGAGAGCAUCUUUGAUGUGAUGGAGAUGGAGGAUGAUGAUAGAAAUGAACUCCUACAGCUGACCGAGGAACAAAUGGCCGACGUGGCCAGGUUCUGUAACAAGUACCCCAACAUUGAGAUGUCAUUCGAGGUCCAGGAAAAGGAAAGUCUUCACAGUGGUUCCCCGGUCAAUGUACUUGUGUCCCUCGAGAGGGAAGAUGAAUUAGUGGGGCCAGUAGUGGCACCAUUCUUUCCUCAGAAACGUGAGGAAGGUUGGUGGGUAGUGAUUGGGGACAACAAAUCUAACUCCCUCCUGUCCAUCAGAAGAUUGACCUUGCAACAGAAGGCCAAGGUCAAACUGGACUUUGUGGCCCCUUCUCCUGGUCACUAUAACUACACCAUCUUCUUUAUGAGUGAUGCCUACAUGGGAUGUGACCAGGAAUACAAGUUCAGCAUUGAUGUGAAGGAAGGAGAUAGUGAAAGUGAAAGUGAUAGUGAUUAGAUCAGGUGAUUGUAAAGUGAAAGUAACAAAUGUGACAGAAAAAAAUAAGGAAAAAAUACAUUUAAAAACAAUGUACAGAAUAGGAAAGUAUUAAAAGCAAGGAUUCUUUAAAAUUAAUAAUAUAAUUGAAGGAUUCUAAAGAUAUAGAGUUUUGAGAUUGGAACAUGAUGAUGAUCUAUAAGCUACGUGUCAUACUAACUUAUAUCAGCAACUAUUUUUGUUUGUUGCCGUAUAUGUUGGUUUUGUACAAUAUGUAUUUCAUUUUGCAGUCAUUGUCACCAUUUUCAGUUAAAAGUCAAUAUAUUUUUAACAUUAUUGGAGACUUUAAAAGCCUCCCAUAGAAUAUAAACAUACAGUAAAUUGAUAUGAAUUUCUUUUUUUUUUUCAUUAUCUUUAUGAAAGAAGCAAUGGUAUUUUGAUAGUCCUUUUAAGUAUUUCUUAUCAUUAUUUUCAACACCAAGUAAUUGCAUCAUUUGAUCAUAAUCCUAGUUUCCAUUAAAUGAGUGUUACAAAUCUAUGAGUGCUUAUAUUUUCAUAUAACCAAAGCAUAUCAAGGUAAUUUCUUUGACAAGAAAUGAGAAUUUGAAUUACAAUUUUAGUGUCUUGAUUCCACAAAGUUACAGUAAGUGUAUGUUGUCUAUAAACCUUUGAACAACGUGACCUUCUUUCAAGAACCAAGGACAAUUCACAUAACACACAAGUUUGAUAUGAUAAUGAAAUUGUAAAACAGUGAUUGUCAAUGAAAUAUUCUCCUAAUAACCAGAAAUAAUACUUCAGAUAGGAUCAUGAUGAUGGUCUGUGAGCCGCACAAUAUACUAACUAGAAUCAACAACUAUUUCUGUUUCUUGUCCCUAUACGUUGGUUUUGUAUAUUAUGUAUUUCAUUUUGCAGUCCUGUGGCCAUUUUCAGAUAAAAGUCAAAAUAUUUUUAACAUUGUUAGAGACUUUUAAAGCCUCCCAUGGAAUUUACAUGUACAGUAAAUUGAUAUAAAUUUCUUUUUUAUUUCAUCAUUUUUAUGAAAAAAAGCAGUGGUAUUUUGAUAGUUAAUCAUAUAAAAUACGUUUCUCAUUAUUACCAACACAGUUUGAAAUAUACAUGCAUUUUGUCUUUUGAUCGCAAUCCCAUUUUCCAUUAAAUGAGUGAUACAGUA